AUGACUUGUGCCAUCUUGAAGGCUUUUUCUUUGAAAGAAGUCAAUGUGAAGAAAAAAGUUGCCAAAUGGGUUCCAAAGGAAGCAGAACUGCAUCUUGUUAGUUUGGACCUUUUGGCAGCUGUUGUCAUUUUCAACAAAGCUGAGACUGGAUUGCAGCAGCGCAACCCAGACAUCGCGCGGUUCUGCGACAAAGCUUGUGGUGGCGAUCGCGUCACCCGCAGGUUCCACAACGCUGGCAUUCAAGUGGCAUUUUCUCAAAAGCACCGACGUGCCCGAGUUUUGUACCCGGCUGCUCGGGAUCCUUGUGCUGAGCCUUGUCAUGGUAUUUGGCUGGGUAUAGGUGCACCGGGCGAGUUUGUGAUUUGGGCCACUGCAGCUCAGAAACACCACGGGACGUUCCGUCCGAGCUUGCCUCAUUUCAAUGAUGUUGUCCCAUAUACCAGCCGAUGGCUGAUGGAUGAUGGAGUCGUAGUUGAGCCGGUGGUGGGAAACCGCAUCGAGCGAUCUUUGGCGGCUAUGGACGUGUGGGGCCCAGGAGCAAUCAACUUGGAAAAAUUGGCUGAGGAAGGUAUUCCGGCGCCAUCUCAACUGCUAUGGGGGCUUCAUCUCGAUUUUGAAGCUCAGACAGUCACACUGCCCGAGCCCAAGCGCAUGAAAGCCAAGUAUUUGCUGAGGGAACCCUCCCUGCAAAGGGGUUGCACACAAGUAAAGGUGAAACUUCUCCGAGAGCUCGCAGGAUCGGCGCAAUACUGGGCUUCCUCAGCCCCCGAGCUCGUCCCAUACCUCCCAGUGUUCUACCGGCCACUGCAACAGCUCCCAUGUGACCACGAGUACGCUCAGCCGUGGGGAACUCCACAGGAGCUGCACGUCAUGUGGGAAGAAUUCUGGGAUGCUUUGGACUGGGUCAGGCUUCAAAUGGAGAAGCCGUGGGGUUCAAGUUUCAGGGUGGCGUUUGGCAAGCUACUCCCCAUCCGAGAAAGGUUGGCCUUGCCAGGCAUGGCCCCGAAGGCCCGAUUCGUUGGCGGUGAUGCCACGUUGGAUCGACUAGGUGCCGCAGACUGGAAGGACCGGGUGUUCCACCUGGGAUCAUGCAAAGCUUAUCUCCCAGCACUAAGGAUGGUAAUGGGAACCGAGGGUCACCUCGAGAUCAUUGCUGUGUAUGAAUUGCUGACCUUCAUUAACCGAUACGUGCGGGCCUUACUGCUUCUUCUACAGAGAAUGGAGGCUGAGAAUGGCUUCAGUGUAGAGGGAGUUUUUGUGCGGACCUACCACAACACCUUGAAUGAUUGGCUGACUCGUGAGGAUGAGAGCAAGGUCAAAGCUGACAUGAAAGCCCAGGGAUGGACCCAGCUCUCCCUGACCGGGGAUUGGGAGGAAAUGUUGCGAGGAGCAGUGAGACCUACCUUGAGACUGCCUCGCGAGAAGGGGGAAACGGCCGCCCUCGCCGCUCAGUUGUCAGAGACCAUUGGGCAAGUCUUGGCCUCCCCAGCAACCCUCAAGUACAGCCUUUCACAGGAGGUCUGUGCCAGAUCAAGUUCGGUGACCAUCUGGCAUGUUUUGAGCUGGGCUGGGCCAGAGGUGGCGGGUCGACCACCAGAGUCAAGGCAAUUAAAAGGUGCCAUCAUUGACGCCCCACAAAGCCUUAGCCAGAAGAGCAAGCAGAUCUUGACUGAGCUGGGGUGGCGUCACGGGCCUUUGCACAACGCAAUUGUCCAAACUGAUCACUUAGGGAGCUUCUUUGCCCGAAAGAGAAGCAUAUGGCUCUAUGGGGCCGCGGCCAAUCGGGCGGAGCAGGUGAGCCGGUUGGCCACGUGGUGGACAAAGAAACGAACGCAAGGAGGAACCCUCCUAGAGGAUGGCACUGGGGCAGUGCGCCCUUUGCUCCCCGAGGAAGUAUGGGAAAUGCAGGGAGGAGAUCAAACAUCAUGGGAAGCAACGUCAGAUGACCAGAAGCCAUUGCUAGUCAGGGCAGCAGUGCGAGAAAUCGGCUGGCAGGCUGCGCAGAGCUUAUUGCAAGCUGUCAGCGGGCAGGCCUUUGAACGAGCAGGCGUUCUGGAUCCUGACGAAAUUCAGGCACAGGAGCAGCUCGAAGUUUGGCUCAAGGGGGACCUUUGCCCGGUCGAAGCGCUGGCCGCCAUUCAGGCCCUUUUCCCACAUCGUUGGCGAAGCUCCGAGGAGGAGGUGCGGUUUGGAACCAAAGCAGGCGGCAUGGAGGAGGCUCCCCCACCGAACGAAUUCAAUGCGGCAAACCUCUUCCUCUGCCGGAACCCAGACCUGGAUCUCUGGAAUUUCCUAGGCCUUUCGCCUGGAGCUGACCAGAGGUCCAUUAUGGCAGCCUGGAGACGCCGCUCAAGGGCCCUCCAUCCUGAUAAGGUUGCAGAGAGUGAGAAAGCCGCCAAAGAAGAAGAGUUCAAAAUGCUUUGCGCAGCCAAGGAUAUUUUGCUGAACCCGAUCAUGCGGGUCCAAUACACACAGUGGAGAGCCAACAGGCCGUCCUCAAGUGCGAGGCCAGCUUCCCCUGGCUUUGAUGGCAAGCCAACUGCAGCUAAGCCAUCUCAGAAACCACGGAAAGCGACUCCAGUGCACAAAGCACCACCGCCACCUCCAGAGCCAAAGAAGCCGCGAAAGGCACCGCCGCCACCUCAGCCUGCUGGUCCUCCUCCACAAGCUGAUCCACGUCGCAAACCACCUCAUGUCUCAAGGAGACAGCACGGAGCGUCGCAACCUUACUCAGGGGCAGGUGGAAAAGAAGAUUUGCGUGCCCCGCGCAAAUUUUUGGAGGAAGAUCCAGAACCUGCUCGGGAGCAACCACCACCUGAAGGUUUUGAUGACGGGAUGUGGGAUGAGCCCGGGACAGCAUCUACGAGCAUGGAAAACAAAGAGGAGCAAGAAUUUGGUGCUGCAGUAGACAGUGCUGUACACCAGUUCCUUGAGGUUUUCCACCGAGCCGCUAGCUCAGCCCAUCCGCCCAACCUUGGAUAUAAGGAACCAGCCACUGAGAGUUUGCCGAAGCCUGUGCCCGAAACUUACCUUGGGGGUCGCCCUUCAAGGUAUCAAUUUCACGCCAGUGCUGCCGAAUGGCUCAACCAUGGGCUUGCACCACCUCCGCCCAAAAUACCAGCCGAAUGCGGGCAGCCACAGGCACUAGGGUGCUUUGCUCCGCAGCCCAAACCAUUGCAGUCAAACCCACAAAGGCCACCAGUGAGCUAUGGGCCCAUUCCUCCGCCAGGUCCGCCACCCAAGAGGUUGACCACCGCAGAAGCAAGGGAAGAUGCCGCAAGAAAGCAUGCAGACACUACCAAACAAGAGGCAUCGAACACACAACCUGGGCGAUCCGCCCAAAGCCCUUACACUCCUUACUUCCUUGAAGAAGAGGUUGACUUUGACGACGACCGCACUGAGGAAGAAAGAGCUGAAGAUGAGAAGGUCCUUGAAGAGACAAGAAAAAACAUGCAAGUCUUCUUGGAGGCUCCUGAAGAUGUGAAACGCCAAAUGCGCACAGCUGCGUGGAAGAAAUGCUGUGCCAGAUUAGAGGCGCUCCGCCUCAACCUCCUGCCCGCGAGACCAAAGGUGCACAAAGGCAAGUUUGAGGCAGAUUUGGCUGCUGGCUUUUCACACCGUGAAGCUGCAAAGAUGCAAAAGGGAAGGGUGCGAGCCGCACGCCAUGAAGCUUUCCUAGCUUCAGAGCCCCGCACGACUUUUGAGGACCUCCCAAGAAGCUGGACCAACCCGAAGGCCAGAACCUUGCAACCUGGAUGGCUUGAGAGAAAGGAAGCCGAACGCCGGGAAAAAAGAGGUCGGUCACAGCCUGCUGGCAAGACUGGAAGGGCUGCUCCAGCCCUGCGCAGGGAGGCAGAAGAUGACGAUUGCUGGGGGACUUGGAAGCCUGGAGGGCAAGAGCGCCAAGAGGAAGGCUGGUGGGAGAAUUGGAAUAAAACCAAUGAGUGGCGAGGCUGGGAUGGCCGCUGGCAGCGAUGGGACGACCGCAGCUGGAAUGCAGGCCGCUGA